CGAUGCGUUGUGACGUUGCGUCAUGACGUUGCUCAGAACCUCCAGCAGCUCGACCGACGUGCUAGUGACUACACAGAAGGCCCAGAGCGUGUUUUUAGACGAUGCUAGAAGGAGUUACGCGUAAACACCCAGCCUUUUAUCAGUAUUAAUCAGCUGCGCGCCAGGAUGAUUAUAGAAAAUGUCGAAGCUCUGAAAUCCUGGCUGUCUAAACUUCUUGAGCCCAUAUGUGAAGCUGACCCAUCUGCAUUGGCAAACUACGUCGUGGCGUUAGUGAAGAAGGAUAAACCAGAGAAAGAGCUCCGAGCGUUGUGUGCGGAUCAGCUGGACGUAUUCCUUCAGAAAGAGACUACGGGGUUUGUCGAUAAACUCUUUGAAUGUCUAACCACCAAAAAUUAUUUGGGAAAUCCAGCUGCUAAAGAAGAGAGUAAAAUCCCAGUGCAGAAGCUUGAGGAGAAGGAAGAGACUAGUCAUGUUGAAGAUGAUAGGGAUAACAGAAGAAGAAGAAGCCCAUUAAGGAAUCGUCCUGACCUCAAUGAAUCAAGGGCUAGAGAUGACCGCAGGAGAGACGACCGUAAGCGGCGGGAACUGGACCGUCACGGAAAGAGCGGAGGAGAAUCAUACCGAGACCGACAUGAGCGGCGAGGAGGAAGCUCGCGGGGGAGAAGCUACAGUCGAAGCAGGAGUCGUAGCCGCAGUGGCAGCCGUGGAAAGAGCCGAGAAAGAGAGCACAAUCAGAGGAGAGCAGAGCACAGAUCUAAAUUUGAGCAGGAGCGGAAGGACACAGAGCCUUACAUCCCAUCCUCUGCCCACAUGGGUAACCCACACCACCAGCAGACCCAUCCACCCCCCCUGCUCCCUCUGCCCCUGCCUCAGCACCAGUUCCCCUCCUCAGGGAGCCCCGCCGUCCCCAACGCCGUAACCGUGGUAGCACCGGCUCACCUGCCCGACAGCACUACAGAGAGCUGGUCCACAUACUUCACCAACCACACAGACGGCAAGACGUUCAACAAGAGCAGCACGCUUAAACAUCGCUGCAGAGACUACGACGAGAAAGGAUUUUGCAUACGAGGCGAUCUCUGUCCGUUUGACCACGGUAAUGACCCUCUGAUCGUGGAUGACGUCACGCUUCCUACCAUGAUCCCGUUUCCACCCCCACCAGGCCUGCCCCGGAUGCCCAUGCCGCCUAUGACAGAACCUCCUCCUCGCAUGCCCAUGCCGCUGCGCCCUCCCCACGGACAGCCUCCGCCUCCAGGCAUCUACCCCAUGCCAGACAGCUAUGACCCUGAGGCCUAUAACCCAGAGUCUCCGGGACUGACUGGGCCAGGCAGAGCUCAGUACCGCCAUUUCAUCCCUCGCAUCCAGACGCAGAGACCCAAUCUCAUCGGCCUCACCUCUGGGGAUGGACAAAACUCCAGAGCGGCUAACAUAGUAAUCCAGACAGAGCCAGCUGUCACGAGUGUGUCGAGUGGCGAGGUGAGGUACAGCUCUGAGCAGGAGAACAGGAAGAGAUGUCUGCCAUCUACAGACGGACCACAGGCCAAAAAACCCUGGAUGGAAAAACAAAAUUUCAAUAACCAGCAUAAACCCACCUUCCCGAAAAAGAACCAUUAUGUAAACACCAAACUAGAGGUCCGCAAAAUCCCCCGGGAGCUCAACAACAUCACCAAACUCAAUGAGCACUUCAGCAAGUUUGGAACGAUAGUCAACAUUCAGGUGGUGUUUGGGGGCGACCCUGAGGCGGCACUGAUCCAGUAUACAGCUAAUGAUGAGGCUCGGAGGGCCAUCUCCAGCACCGAAGCCGUUCUGAAUAACCGCUUCAUCAGAGUGUACUGGCAUAGAGAGGCCACAUCUAACUCACAGGAACAGGGACCCAGUCAGAGCACAAACCCUGGACAACAGCAUCCCACAACACACAAGGUCAUUAAUAAGCAGCACACAGCAGGAUCUUACGUGCUGAAUAAUAAAACCUUCCCUAAACAGCAGACUGCCACAGGAGCCGCAGGCACAACGGGCGCCACGGGUGGCACUGAACCUACCAGCCCAAGCCAGGAAGCUUCAGUGGGUUUGACACCACCUUCAAGUUUAGCUAAGGGUCUGUUCUCACGCACGGUGUUGAAAACCGCAUCAAAAUCAAUGGGAAAAACGGCCAAAGCACUGGAAGCUCAGGAGGUUUUGAAAAAGAAGCAGGAGGCGCUGAAACUGCAGCAAGACAUGAGGAAGAAGAAACAAGAAAUGCUUGAAAAACAGAUCGAAUGUCAGAAGGUGUUGAUAAACCGCCUGGAAAAGAACAGAGGGAUGAAGCCAGAGGAGAGAGCCAACAUCAUGAAGACUCUCAAAGAACUGACAGAAAAGAUCUCUCAGCUGAAGAAUGAGAUCAGCCCCACCUCACACGCUACUGCCAACACCACACAAACAAAGUCAAAAACAGAUGCACAGAAAGAGUUGCUUGAUGCAGAGUUGGACUUCCAUAAGAAGCUGACGUCAGGAGAAGACACCACAGACCUGAAGAGGAGGUUGGGUCAGUUGCAGGUGGAGGCAACACGGUUGGGAUUGAUCUCGGCUGGGCGGGGCAAGCCACCAGCAGCACCAAGUCGAGGCCGCGGGAGGGGCCGAGGGCGGAGCCUGAGGGGGCGUGGAGGAGGCAAUCACAUGGUAGUAGACCACCGGCCUCGAGCCCUCACUAUUAUUGGCUUCACACAGGAAGAGAAGGAGGAGCUCAUGCCGCAUUUCGUGAAAUUUGGCGAGAUUGAGGAGCUUCGUGACCAUGAUGCUACCAGUGUUGUGAUGACCUUCAAAAGUCGUAGUGAAGCGGAAAACUAUAUUUAUGCUGUGAUAGAAGGGUUGAAGUUCUAA